UGUGUUUUGUGUUUUAUUUGAUAAUUGAUACCAAGGUCAAGUGCAUAAGACAAUAUUUCGCGAAACGCUCAGUGUAUGCUCUGCAACAGCAAGAAAAUGUUAUCAUACUUGUUGAGCAUCGUGGUUUUCGCGUUUCUCUUCUAUUGGAAAUUCGUGAAGCCCUUGAAUUACUGGAAUGAAAGAGGCGUACCGAAUGUCAAGGGCUUCCCUGUUUUCGGAAAGCAGGCUGCUAUUGUUUUCAGGAAAAUAAAUAUUAUCGAAUGGAUGAAACGGACUUAUAAAGAGUGUCCUGGGACAAGAUACCAUGGAAGUCACCAGUUUAACAGACCGGUGCUUGUUAUCAAAGACCCAUCUUUAAUCAAACAGAUAAUGGUGAAAGAUUUUGGGAAUUUCGUUAACAGAAUUGAUGUUAUCACCAAGGACAUGGAUCCUUUAUUAGGAAACAGCUUAGUGUUUUUGCAUAACCAAGAGUGGAAGACGAUGAGAUCAACUUUGAGCGCUGCGUUCACUGGUAGCAAAAUGAAGGAGAUGACCGAUCUGAUGCUGCAAUUGUCGCAUAACUUUUUCAAAUAUUUGAGCAAGAACGGAAAGUCCAGAUUCGCCGUCGACAUGAAAGAUCUAUCGACAAGAUACACAAACGAUAUCAUAGCAAGUUGUGCUUACGGGAUAGAAUGUAACUCGUUGAAAGAUAAAAGCAAUGAUAUAUACAAAUUGGGAAAACAGAUCAGUUUUGAUAAUGUCAGGGUGCUGAAGAUCUUCGGUUUUAAUAUCAUGCCAAAAUUGAUGAAAAUGAUGAAUAUUAAUGUAUUGCCGAAAAGCGCGUAUGCCAAAUUCAGUAGUAUCAUUAAAGAGUCUUUGGCUGCUCGUGAAAGCGGUAACAUAAUUAGACCAGAUAUGAUACAACUGCUGAUGAUGGCCAAAAAGGGAAAUUUAAAAUAUGAAGAGAGUAUCAAGGAUGAUGAUACUGGAUUCGCCACUGUUCAAGAACAUUACACUGAGGGACGCAAGAUGUUAACAGAUAACGAUAUUGUAGCUCAAGCAUUAGUGUUUUUCUUGGCCGGUUUCGAACCGGUCUCCACUAUUAUAAGUUUCAUGGCUUUGGAACUUGCUUUGAAUCCGGAUAUUCAAGAGAAACUUUACGAGGAAAUCGAGAGAUUUGGAGAUAUAGAUUACAAUAAAAUCAUAUCGAUGAGAUACUUGGAUAUGGUAGUAUCAGAAACACUCAGGAAAUGGCCAAGUGCUCCCGUUUUGCAUAGAACAUGUACAGUGCCCUUUGUUUUAAAGGCUGAAAGACCUGAUGAAUCCGAUUUGUGUAUUGGCGUUGGAGAUGGAGUUAUAAUUCCUAUAAUUGGUAUACAAAAUGAUGAAAAGUACUUCCCGAAUCCCGAGCGUUUUGAUCCUGAACGAUUUUCGGAUGAAAAUAAGGAUAAAGUUGAUAAGUACACUUAUUUAACAUUCGGGACAGGGCCGAGGAACUGUAUCGGGUCAAGAUUUGCUCUUUUGGAAAUAAAGAUGUUCUUUGCAGUCGCUCUUAAAUACUUUAGGAUUGAAGCCAUUGAGAAAACUCCAAGCACUUUAAAACUCUCACCUAAAGAAUUUCCAAUGAAGCCGAUUGGAGGAUUCUGGGUCGGUUUCUCAAUUAGGAAUAGCUAAAAUGAAUAUAAUUAUGUAGA